GGUCCGAUGCCGCAUCUCCAUGGCCGCGCUCAGCAAUUCUCGUCAAGCAGCAAAGACGAACGAACGAAUUCGAGCGUCCGGUGCGUGUGGUUGUGAAGCUAUCUCCGAAGUCUUGCUAGGGAUUGUAUGUUAACCCGCGGAAAACGAUACCUAAUUUUCCACCAGCAGUACACGCUUGUACGCUAGUACUGGCAGUAAAACCCUUGACGGGAGGUGUGUGCGCCGCGUGUGCCCUGUUUUCGUGCAAGGAAGUGAACAUCCCCGGUGCAGGUAGGCCGUUGUGUGCGAGUGUGUUCGGAUUACGCUGCAGCAGAACGUGAUUUGUUUCGACACAACAAACGCCGGCAAUUGGCCCGGUGUGUGCAUUCGUUAUGCACAUCGCGGGUGGAUCCAGUGUAAAGCUGCCGUGUGCAUUAUGCUGCGUUGUGUAGCAACCCCGUGGUGCGUGCGUGUUAUACUGGCGCAGGUCUGACCAGUGGGCGGUGUGUAAACGUGCACGUGCAGUGUUUAGCGUGGUGAUCUAAUUUUGCGUGCAUGGUGCAUUUCGGUUGCGAAAAGCAAAGGAAAAUAGUUCGAAAAUUGAUAGCCCCAUGUACACAGGCCCCCAGCUGUAAUCCGUGAAGCGUGAAGCGUACGGUUCGCGGUUUACCGCGCAUCGCUUAAUGUGCUGGUGCAUCUAGCUAUUGUUGAUCUGAGCGGCAGCGUACGCAGAGCGCCUGAUGAAAGUGAGAUUGGCAGAUUUGAAAGGAGUACAAAGAAAAGCUGCGCGAGAUAAUUGUGUGCGAGAGUUCAGGGCUUAAUCGCAACAAACAAUAACGCUGGCAUGGCGCAUUCCGGUGUGUAAUUUAUCAAGACUCCGAACCGAAACCUAAACCAAUCAAUCAAUCAAUCAAACAAGACGAUCGUUUGAUAGGUCGUUCAGGGAUAUCAGGAUCAUAUGGUGAGCCAUACUCCUGGAGGGAGGUGAAAAGACGGUGACGGUUCCCUGCUGUCUCUGCCUCCAAAUGUGGAGUGUCGAACGCGCUAAAUCUGGUGCACCUCCCGGUCUUCACCGUACAGAGCAUGCCUUGACCUGGGCAUGAGGUGUCCCUUGCGCGUGUUAAAUACUCUCCGCAAUGUCGAAGUGCAAAAAUAACAGACUGAAAUAAAAUAAAUAAAAAUCAAGUGCGGUAUCUCCGGUAGGGUGGAGAACGAAGAACGAAUACACGGUACAGGUGAGAUGCGGUGUGUGAAAUGGCUGUCAAAGAACCUUGACCGUUGAUACCUAACUGCCUAAACCUGAGCCGAGUGCGAGACAAGUGCUGCCUACCCAAGAAUGUCGACCGAUCGAAGAAAUACAUUUUUGACGUUCGCUGAUGUGGAGUGAUGAGUUUCGGUGCGUGUGUACCGUCCGAAUCUGUGCGAAUGGAUGGUUUGGUGUGGUAAGUGAUGAGUUCAAAGUCUUUCGUCAAGCGUGGAAGUUGCGUGUAGAGAGCUUAGAGAAACGGAUUCGUAGAAACGCACUGUUUGCGAUUGCGUGACGCUUUAGCAGUGAAAACAAAACGGUGACCCAGACAGGGUCAACAGUGCGAAUAGUUCGAUAGUGGUGUUUAUCUUCCGAAAAGGACAAAGAAACGUGCUAGCAAAAUGUAUUGCCUUUGCCGAUCGUCGAAAACCAUCACGGUGCGGAUCGUGCUGCUGGACGAGACGGAUUUUCUCCACGAACUACAGGAUGAUUUACCCGGCCAAGCCUUGCUGGAUGUGGUUUUUGCGCGGCUGAAUCUGAUAGAGACUGCCUACUUUGGGAUACGGUACAUCGAUCAGGACAACCAGACGCAUUGGUUGGAUCCGGGUGCAAGACUUUCCCGACAGUUAAAAGCUGGCAAAGUGCCGUACGAUCUCUACUUUGGUGUUAAAUUCUACGCCUGCGAUCCUUGCAAGCUUGUCGAAGAAAUCACAAGGUACCAGUUGUAUUUGCAGGUGAAGCAGGACAUUCUUCAAGGACGAUUGCCCGUUUCGUUUGAGCUUGCUGCCGAACUGGGAGCGUAUGUCAUACAGGCCGAGCUCGGUAACUAUGAUCCACGCAAACAUCCGCCCGGAUACGUGUCCGAGUUCCGGUUGCUCAACAACCAAACGAAGGAAAUCGAAAGCCGCAUCCACGAGCUACACAUUCAGCUGGAAGGAAUGUCCCCGUCGCAGGCCGAGUUUAACUAUCUGGACAAGGUCAAGUGGCAUGACAUGUACGGUGUGGAUCUGCAUCCGGUGCUGGGCGAAGAUAGUGUGGAAUAUUUUCUCGGCCUUACGCCGGGUGGAAUUGUGGUGCUGCGUAAUAAAACCACCGUCGCACACUACUACUGGCCUCGGAUAGCGAAGGUCUACUACAAGGGACGAUACUUUAUGCUUCGCGUCUGUGAUAAAAACAAUGAAGUUAGUACUUACGGUUUCGAGACACCAAAAAAGAGCGCCUGCAAGCAUCUGUGGAAAUGUUGCGUGGAACAUCAUUCGUUCUUCCGGCUGGUACGAGUAGCGCCGAUGCAAGCCACCGGUACCCUUGCCAGCAAGUACAGUACCCGGUCGGAGCGUCAAUCGAUGAAGGACCUCUCGACGCAACAGCGCGUUCCACCUGCGUUUACCAGGACACCGUCCCGCCGACAGCCGCGGCGCGUUAUAAACGAACCACCGCCAGAGGACAAGAUGUUCGAUGCACCGAAAUACAUUCAGCAGGAAAUCAAAUCCGUUUCAAUACCUCAACCGGCACAGUCCUUUGAGAGCCCUUAUCGUUCUACUUGCAGUAUACCGGCUGCAUUGAAUGGUGGUGGUGGCAAAUCGCAGACCACGGUCCCACCGGACUCGCCGCGCAGUACCCGCAGCGCACCCUGGAUGCGGUCACAGCAGCGAGGUUUGUUUGGGAUUAACUCGAGCCCAAAGUCGGUACGGUCCGCAUCGACGCGUAUGAGUGCACCGGCCAAUAACAGCCGGAUGCGGUCGAGCUCCGUCGAGAGUCAUUCGUCGAACGAAUCACGCUCGGGGCGUCGACGUCGACACAGAAGUCGCCGGGUGUCGGACAACGAGAGUGAAAUGAGUCGCGGCUCGGGACGUUCGGGACGUUCGCACAAUUCGCACCGUAAGCAUCGGCGCCAUCGUUCCAAGAAUCGACGCAACCGUUCCGAUACGGAGAGCCGCGAUCGUAGCUACUCCGGACAUCGGCGAUCGACGGAUUCGAUCGAGCUGGUCGAUUCGGGUGAGCAGUGGUUGGAGGUACAGCGCAAGCAACACUCCGAUGCCGUACCGAAGGCGGCCGUCAUCAAGAGCAGCCAGGUGAUGAAGGGUACGCAUCCCGAUUCUGGCAUUAUACAGCAUCAUCAUCGCAGUCGGCGACACCGCAAGCACCGAUCGCCCUCGGAGAAGAUCUGGUCGAGCGAGUUGACGAAGCAUCUGCAGUUCGAUCUGGUCGAUACGACCGGCAUGACGGAGGAUCAGCUGCGCGAGAUACCGUACACGGUCGUGGAGACGAAUCAUGCCGCCAAAAAGCCCAACACACUGAAGGUGCACAAGACUAGUCAUCAAUCGUCGACAUCGUUAUCGCACCAUCAUCAUCAACCGCACCAGGCGAGCAAUAAUCGGAUCGAUCGAAUACGGGACCCGUACUCGAAGGGUGGCGAUGGCAGUUUGGUGGAGAACGGCAUCAACGGAGGCUCGAUACGAUCGGCUAGUACGAUCAGUUCAUCGAGGGACUACGAUCGUAACUCGGGACUUAUAAGAAUGAUGUCCAGCAUGAGUAUGGGAGACUUCAUUUCCCCAACUGGAUCAAGCCUGAGCCCGUUGGACAGUUCGGGGUUGCGAGUGUCCCACGAACACACUGAUUCAGGCCUUGGAGCUGAUCAGGACUAUGCGUACUCAUCGGAACGAUCCAGCGACAGUGCCAAGUACGGUACGAAAAAAUCAUCCGGAGCAUCCGUAACGUCGGGCCACACGAAGUCGUCCUCGUCGAACACGAUGAAGCCACACCAUCAUACCGUGAGUAGUAGGAAACCUCCACUCUGUCCGGGUCGUACCGGGCCAUUGCAAACCAACCCACCAGCUAUAACGCAACAGCCACAGUCACAGCAACAACAGCCAUCACAGCAACAGCAACAGCAAACACUUGUUCAGAGCAAAUUUUCCUCGGUACCUGGUGUACAUAGUGCCAACGGCAGUAACAGUCGCUUGAUUAAUACUAACAACACACACUAUCAAAACAAUCAUUACACCUUCAGUCUAACCCGAAACCCUCACCAGAACCAUCACCAUCUGCAGCAUCAUCAGCAACAACCGCAUCAACAGCAUCAUCAGUAUCGGCACAAUUUCACUAACAAUCUUGGUGGCCGCGUCCAUCCGGUCGGUGGUGUCGGUAGUAUAGGCAGUGGGUUAAGCACUAGCACAUACCUGGACACGGUGGCAACGCUGUCGUCAUCCGCCGCGCCCUACCACUAUUACUUCGAUGGGACCGGUUUCCGGUCGAACGUCGGUCCGGCCGGUAGCGGUAUCCCUGCACUGGGUGGACUGGGCCCGGGUACUGGGGGUACCCGCGGUACCAAGUCCGACAUCGGUGUACCGAUACGCCCGAAGCGCCACUAUCAGCAUCAUCAUCAGCAUCAUCAUCAGCAACAGCAGCAACAGGCACACCAGUACAACAUCACCAGUGUGCACAAUUUCAGUCGCUCGUCCGUUGCCACCGGUGCGGACCGGAAGCAGCGGAACCCGAUGGCCCAUUCGCCAUCAUUCAACAAGUCGAUCGACUAUCUGGAAAACUAUAAGACUGGCGUGGAAAGACUUAACCAGGGCGGCAGUAGCUUAAAUAAUAACAAUCCGGAAAGUUUCACCGGGCUGCUCGGGAUGGGUGUGACCGGCAGUCAGAAUGUUCUGAACAACAACAAUAACACACAGCAAUCGAUGAGCAAUGGACCGUGGGAGGUUAUCAACGGUACCAAGGGUGACGGGGUCGAUCAGGUUGGUCCAUUGAUUUGUUUCGAUUCGAACCGAAAUCAGGAUGGUACACGGUCGUCGGAACUUGAACAAACCGUAACCACACCGGCCCGUACGAACGAGGGCAAUAAUGCCACCCGAUCUGUUGGUCCGACCAGUGGUGAAAAUGGAAACAUGCAAACCGAGGUGAGCACUAGCUCGCCCACUGGCCAGCAGCCGGCCAACGGUGGGAUGCCGGGUGCGCAGGGUACGCGUAACAGUCCGACCAAAGCCAGCACCGAAUCAGUACGGUUGACCAAGCGGUCCCAGAUCGGGUCCAGUCCGGCUCGGUUCGGUCUCGGUAAGAACAGCAACCAUCGUUCGUCCAGCUUAGAACUGAUACUAACACCUAUCAUACAGAGCCGACGGGCCCAGUAAUCAUGGGUGAAAUGAGCACGGAAUUAUAAUGGCAUCGAACGCCGCUUCAUUCAUGCUUCCCGUAGCCUUAGGAAACAACGCUGUCAAAUUGAACUGUCAACAUGACAAAUAGAAAACGGCUCUACUACUUGCUAUAAAACCAUCGAUGUGUGGAUACGAUCCGAAUUACUUAUGUAUGUCACUUGAAGCAACAUUAACAAACAAAAAAACUCGUAAACGUUGUUUGAACAUUUUUCCCCCGUAUAAUAGUUUUUUACUGUUUAAUAUUUAAAAAUUACAAUCAAAAUUUAAUAAACACACAAAACGAUUGCCUCGUCAUACAGUUCAGGAAACUCCAAACUGUACCGUAUCGAUGUGCAAGUGCCACGAGAUUGUAAAUGCGAAAGGCUAAAAGUAGAUAUAUGUACGUGCACAUGCUCUUCGAGAUGAGCUGUGAGUAUGGGAGUGGACGAAUUUUUGUACCAAUUCUUUGUACCAGUGCAAUCGAAUGCUAGAUAGAAUGAUGAUUCGGGACGAUUCAGCUUCAUGGGGUAUUACAUAUAUAGAAGAAGGCGCACGUUUUAUUUUUACUUCACUGUAUUACUUAUCAAUGUAUUAACCUCGGUUACCGGGGACUGCCGCCUGUGUAAAGGGCUGCCAGGGACAGUGCAGUGUCAUUACACGCUAGUGUUAGGUAUGUUUUAACAGAAACGUAAUAUGCAGUACCACUAAAUGCAAUCCAGAACCAAAAAAUGAAGCGAAACGUAAACGACACUUAAAUCAAAAUAAAGGGAUAAUCGACCCGUACACUAAGAAGGUAAGCUAGACACUAACGGUAUGAACUAACGAAGAGUGAGACAUUCUCGAUGUGUAUGUGUGCUUAGGUGUAAGGAGUGUAUUUGUCCUAUAACAACCCGCCCAGACGCAACGGCAACGAAGGCACUGCCAAUACUCUCAAGGUGCAGACGAUGGCGUUGGCUGAGGGUGAAGUGUUUGGACAACCAUUUAUUAUCCAAUCGAUAGUGGCUAAGUUUUCGGUGUACGUAUUUUGUAUUUUUCCGGUACUUAGUAGCUUGGACGAUAUGUUUCGUCUGUUUAGCCACGCUUAAUCUUACUGUUAGGUGUUUUCGACGAUUCGACGAUUGUGUACUCCAAUGUGUUCAAUCUGUUCUGUUUCAAACCCGUUUUUACGAAUGCAGACUUUUGCUGCAAUAAAGCGUUCCCUAUAUCUGUUUGCUGUUCUGCACACAUUUUAUCACUAUCCCAGCAGGCGUUUGUUCGAUGUUGUAUUGAAAGACGAUUAAUGGCAUCGGGAAGACUCAUUACAAGCUAUAACCAACCAGGAAGACCGAACGUCUUCCACAUACAUACACGGAAUACGAAGUGCUCUUGAUGUUGGAACCUUGUCAUUUUUUUGUAAAGUAGAUGUCAAUAGUCGCCAAAAACCGAAAGAAAAUCAUUGCAUGUAUGUAUGUAAGUUCAUUUAUAUUGAUCCACACACGAGAAAAAAAGCACAUCUUCAUCCUCAUGAAACAAAAUAAAUUGAAAAUUGGAUUGUAAACAUAAUAUUCAAUGUUUUGAA